AAUAGCUCCCCUCUUCUUCAAGGUAUUAAUAAAAGCCAAGCUCUUAGGCUUUGCACACAAAGCCCACUAAGAUCUGCCCAUCCUACCUAUAUAGAUCCUUCUUUCAAACUUUAUUCCAGAAGAUAGUACAGCCUGUGUGUUACAUAACCGUUUAUGCUAGACGGUUUCUCCCCAACUGUACCUUGGCUCCCUGCCUCUCUAGAUGACUCAUUGACUCACCUGGCCCAGCUCAAUCCAUCCUGACCUUCCCUCCUGCCUACAAAUUUUCACCACCCCCAUAGGUGCCCCACUGAUUGUUGACACGUCGCCUUGUGAUUAUCUGAUUUAAGUGGAAGCUUCCUGAGAAGUCUAACACUAGCAUAGUAUUAAAUUAGCCUAUGUUCAGGGCCGACUGUUGCAUUUAGGCAUUCCUCUGCCACCUUUAGCAUCUGGGUUCACAUCGGUAUAACUGCCCAUUAUUGCAACUGCCCGAUGAAUUCUCCUUGCCUGCUGCCCUGAUAGAACUGAUUUAUCAAGACAGGAGAAUUGCAACAGAGAAAGAGUGUAAUUCACACAGAACCAGCUAACUGGGAAACCAGAGUUUUAUUACUCAAAUCAGUCUCCCUGAAAAUUCAGAGUUUGGAGUUAUUAAGGAUAAUAUAGCAGGCCAGGGAGUGGGGAGUGCUGAUUGACCAUUUUGGAGAUGACAUCACAGGGGAUGGAAGGGGCCUCUUCUUGCAGUCUUCUGUUCCUGGGUGGGAUCAAGGAACUGGCUGAGCCAGAUUAUCAGCCUGGGUGGUGCCAGCUGGUGCAUCAGAAUGCAGGGUCUGAAAAAUACCUUGAGCACCAACUUAGGUUUUAUGGUAGUGACAUCCCUAGGAACAACUGGGGAGGUUGGAAUUGUGUGGCUUCUGGCUGCAUGACUCCUAAACCAUGAUUUCCAAUCUUGUGUCUAAUUUGUUAGUCCUACUAAGGAAGUCUGCUCCCAGGCAAGAAGGGGAUUUGUUUCCAGAAAGGGCAGUUAUCCUCCUUGUUUCAAAAUUAAACUGUAAGCUAAAUUCCUCCCAAAGUUAGUUUGGCCUACAUCCAGGAAUGAACAAGGGCAGCUUGGAGGUUUGAAGCAAGAUGGAGUUGGUUAGCUGAGAUCCCUUUCACUGUCAUAACUUUCUCACUGUUAAAAUUUUUGCAAAGGUAGCUUCAUAGGGCAGAUGAAGAUUUACUUGAAUGUCUCACGAUGGUGAUGAUGGUAGCUAAUAUUCACUGAGCACUUACUAUGUACCAGGUAUUGUUUUAAGUGCUUUAAAUAAAUCAGCUCAUUUGGCAUUCACAGUAAUCUUAUGGGGCACAUACUAUUAGUAUCCUCAUUUUAGCAAUGAGGGUUAGAAAGGUUAAUUAAGUUUUCUAAGAUUACAUAGUUACUAAAACCAGAAACUGCAUGCAAACCCAAGCAACCUGACUCUAGAGCCUGUAACCUUCACCACCACCUCGUGUUGCCCCACGUUCAUGUUUUCCAGGGGCCUUCUCCAAUUUCUACUCAUUUCCUUUCCUAAGAAACAGAGAAGUAGGGCCACGAAGAGAACAUUUCUGAUUGCUUUUUUAUUCAUUUAGUUUACUUAAAUUCUCUCACCAUUACCAAAUGACACAUACUGAGCCAGGUUGAGGCCCAUCUUUUCUUAGUUUUAUCUAUAUCUGUUGGCUUAACCAUGAAGAUAACUUUUGUACUCUCAAAUUUGAGUGAUUAGCAAAGAGCUACAUAAUGUAACCGGUUUUGCUUUUUGCAAACCAUCUCUGCUGCUCAGCGGGCUGGAAACCACACUAUUGCUUCCUCUUUACUUUGCAGUGAGAGCACAGCAUUUGUCACUCAGCCUCUGAAGGUUAGUGACACUGCGGGGACAGGAAAGGACUGUGCUGGCCCAAAUGGCAGGCAUCUCAUAUGUGGCAUCUUUCUUUCUCUUUCUGACUGAGCUCAGUCUUGGCCAGAGAGAAGUAACAGUUCAGAAAGGACCACUGUUUAGAGCUGAAGGUUACCCAGUCAGCAUUGGCUGCAAUGUGACUGGCCACCAGGGACCUUAUGAGCAGCAUUUCCAGUGGUCUGUUUACCUGCCGACAGACCCGAGCCAGGAAGUCCAGAUCAUUAGCACCAAGGAUGCUGGCUUCUCUUACACAGUAUAUAUGCAGCGCGUGCGAAGUGGAGACAUCUACGUGGAGAGGGUCCAGGGCAACUCAGUCAUGCUGCACAUCUCAAAGCUCCAGGUCAAGGAUACUGGCGAGUAUGAGUGCCACACACCGAACACUGAUGAGAAAUACUACGGGAGUUACAGUGCAAAGACUAAUCUAAUUGUUAUUCCAGAUACCCUCUCUGCCACCAUGCGUUCUCAGACUCUCAGUAAGGAAGAAGGUGAGCCAUUAACCCUCACGUGUGAGGCAUCCAAAGCCACAGCCCAACAUACACACCUCUCUGUCACCUGGUACCUAAUGCAGGAAGGAGGAGGAAGCCAAGCCACGGAGAUUAUUUCUCUCUCCAAAGAUUUUGUAUCGAUCCCUGGGCCCUUGUAUACAGAGAGGUUUGCAGCCAGUGACAUACGACUCAACAAGCUGGGGGCCUCUACGUUCAGGAUGUCCAUAGAGAGGCUCCGGCCCUCGGAUCAGGGCCAGCUGUUCUGUGAGGCAACGGAAUGGAUUCAGGAUCCAAAUGAAACCUGGAUGUCCAUCACGAAAAAGCAGACAGAUCAAACCACUCUGAGGAUCCAGCCAGCAGGGAGAGAUUUUCAAGUCAACAUUACAGCUGACAGCUUGUUUGCUGAAGGGAAACCCUUAGAACUGGUUUGCCUGGUUGUAGGCAGUGGUCGUGAUCCACAGCUUCAAGGCAUCUGGUUCUUCAAUGGGACUGAAAUUGCUCACAUUGAUGCUGGUGGAGUCCUGGGCCUGAAGAAUGACUACAAAGGAAGAGCAAGUCAAGGAGAGCUCCAGGUUUCAAAGUUAGGCCCCAAGGCUUUCUCUCUCAAGAUCUUCUCUCUGGGCCCAGAGGAUGAAGGCGCCUACGGAUGUACGGUAGCAGAGGUCAUGAAAACACACACAGGUUCCUGGCAGGUGCUUCAGAGAAAGCAGUCACCAGACAGCCACGUGCACCUGAAGAAGCCAGCAGCAAGAAGUGUGGUCAUGUCUACCAAGAACAAGGAGCAAGUUGUAUGGGAAGGAGAGACGCUCACUCUUCUCUGCAAGGCCAGUGGAGCUGAAAGUUCCCUGUCUGUGAGCUGGUGGCACAUCCCACGGGACCAGACACAGCCCGAGUUUGUGGCUGGCAUGGGGCAGGACGGCAUCGUGCAGCUGGGCGCCUCCUAUGGAGGACCCAGUUACCAGGGCAACGCAAGGCUGGAGAAAGUAGACUGGGCCACCUUCCAGCUGGAGAUCACCUUCCCUGCCAUCACAGACAGUGGCACUUACGAAUGUCGAGUAUCUGAAAAGUCUCGGAACCCGGCCAGAGAUCGGAGCUGGGCUCAGAAGAUUUCAGUUACUGUCAAAUCUCUGGAGUCAAGUUUACAAGUUAGUCUGGUGAGCCGUCAGCCGCAAGUGAUGUUAACCAACACCUUUGACCUGACCUGCAUAGUGGGGGCCGGUUACUCUGACCUCAAGGUGCCACUCACCGUGACCUGGCAGUUCCAGCCAGCUAGCUCUCACAACUUCCACUUGCUUAUUCGAAUCACCCACAACGGCACUAUUGAAUGGGGGGAUCUCCCAUCCCGAUUCCAUAAGAAGACAAAAGUUUCACAGUCUUUAUUUCGUUCACAACUCCUAAUCCAUGAUGCCACUGAGGAAGAGACAGGAGUGUAUCAGUGUAAAGUGGAAGUUUAUGACAGAAAUUCCCUACACAACAGCCGCCCCCCGAGGGCUUCUGCCAUCUCUAACCCGCUAAGGAUAGCCGUCACUUUACCAGAGAGCAAGCUAAAAGUGGAUUCAAGGAGUCAAGUCCAGGAGCUUGCCAUCAACUCCAAUACUGAUAUAGAAUGUAGCAUCCUGUCCCGGUCCAGCGGAAACCUUCAGUUAGCCAUUAUUUGGUAUUUUUCUCCUAUUUCCACUAAUGCCUCCUGGCUAAAGAUCCUGGAGAUGGACCAAACCAAUGUUAUAAAGAUCGGGGAUGAAUUUCACACCCCACGGAGAAAACAAAAAUUUCAUACUGAGAAGGUUUCCCAAGACUUAUUUCAGCUGCACAUUCUGAAUGUGGAAGAUAGUGAUCAGGGCAGAUACCACUGUGCUGUGGAGGAAUGGCUCCUGUCUACAAAUGGCACGUGGCACAAGCUUGGAGAGAAGAAGUCAGGACUAACAGAACUGAAACUCAAGCCCACAGGAAGUAAGGUACGUGUCUCCAAAGUGCACCGGACGAAAAAUGUGACCGAGCAUGGCGAGGUGGCCAUCCACUGCAGGCUGGAGAGCGCAGGCAGCUCAGCCGCUCUGUACUCUGUGAUGUGGUACUGGAACAGAGAGAACGCUGGAAGUAAAAUGCUGGUGCACUUGCAGCAUGAUGGCUUGCUGGAGUACGGGGAGGAGGGGCUCAGGAGGCACCUGCGCUGUUACCGUUCGUCCCCUACAGACUUUGUCCUGGAGCUGCAGCAGGUGGAGAUGGAGGCUGCAGGAACGUACUGGUGUAGGGUGGCAGAGUGGCAGCUCCAUGGACACCCAAGCAAGUGGGUUAACCAAGCAUCUGAUGAGUCACAGCAGAUGGUGCUCAUGGUGCUGCCUUCAGAGCCCACGCUUCCUUCCAGGAUCUGCUCGUCGGCCCCUUUACUCUAUUUCCUGUUCAUCUGCCCCUUCGUCCUGCUCCUGCUGCUGCUCAGCUCCCUCCUCUGCUUAUACUGGAAGGCCAGGAAGUUGUCAACGCUGCGUUCCAACACACGGAAAGAAAAGGCUCUCUGGGUGGACUUGAACGAGGCUGGAGGUGUGACCACAAACCAGAGGGAAGACGAGGAGGAAGAUGAAGGGAACUGAAUCCCGAGAGGCACCUGCAGCCAGGAAGGAAAGGUGGGGGUUUUUGAAUUGGGUUGACCAGGGUGUGACUGAAUCCUGGUUCUGUCCAUAACUAUGUCUGUGGUCGUGGGCACGUGACCUAGGAAUCAGAGGGAGCAUUCCCUGAGUGCUUACUGGUUCCAGGCACUGUUAAGUGUUCCUUUGCAUCUUACCUCAUCCGCUUCUUGCAUCGCCCCCGGAACUAGCUAGUGUCAUUACCCUACAUCUCUUGAAGGUUCAGGUCCCUGGGCUGCAAGGAGAUAAGAGGCUCCCUCACACGGACUCUGGAGGGCUGCAGCAACUCCCUGGUGGGGCUGCUCUCUCCUCUCUUAUGUCACUGGUCACACUGACUCUAAGUCAUCAUUUUCCUCCAGAUGAGAGGUGUAGGCAAGGGCCUGAGGCCAGCGAGGCAAAAGGAAUUGGAAACAUGCUCUUUGUUUACCUACAAUUUGCCUCCCCACCAAGAAUGUAACUUCCUUCAAGGCAGAAAUCCAAUUUUCUUCUCUAAGCCUACCUACAAAGGCCCACUUGAGAGUGAGCUCUGCGUAACAGGUGCUUCACUAAUAUAGGUUCCUUGACAAAAUGAUAAAACACUUGUAACCUGAGUCUGGGGUUUUUUUUUUUUUGUUUGUUUAUUAUUCAGUAAGACUUUUUAUCAAGUAAUUGCUAAGGAAAAACUUUUAAAAACUCAUGGAACAGUGCUCCAGUCAGCCCCCCAAGGCCUCCUGUACCUGCUUUCCCCCACGCCUCCAAACCCCACCAGAAGGUCCAUCUGGCUCCUGGUGCUCAGCCAGGGCCUCAUUUUCUUGGACCUGAUAGCACUGGGAAGUAGGGAAGGUGGCAUCUGGGGGAGCGGGUUGACAGUGCCGCGGUUCCCCCAUACUCCUGCAGGGCUGAGCUUGAGGGGCGGCAGUAGGUCAAGUCUGGUUCCCUAGCGUCUCUUAUUCUCAGUCACAAAACGCAGGAUGUGGGGUGGGUUGUAAGGGUGGGGUGUAAUGGGUUAAAUCUUUCAACAGCUGUCCCCACUGGGCCUGCAGUCCCCUCAUCUUUGUUUCAAAAGCUGCUCAGGCCCUGUUGUAGCCAGAAUUGGAAAUCAAUCAGUGCCACCUAACAGACUUGAGAAAGCACAUCUAUUUAUUAUCUACGUGACCAACUGAGUUGCUUUAACGCUCGUUAAUUUGCAUGUCCAAGGAGAGCAAUUUAGUUUUAAUUAUUUGAUCAGGCACACAAGUCCUUUCCAAACCUAAUUAGUUCCUUCACAAGGGGAUUAUUGGUGGCUAUGAGCACUCCUACCAUGGACCUACAGAUUCCUUAAACUCGUGUCCCUUCAUAGCCUGAUUUAAAAUACUGGAAAUGCUUCCUCAACGUGUCAACACGUUUGUUUCUUGUCACCCAGGUAAGGGAGCAUAUUUUUCCAAGCAACAAAGCUGAAAUGAAGGCUUCUUAGAAAUGACCCCUGCCCCUAUUUUUUACAAACCUGUAUUUUAAUUCAAAUGGAGAGAAAGCAGAAGCGAGGCUGGGCAGAGAAUCUUGGAUGGAUUCUGCCGCAGCCCCCGCAGGAGCGCUCUUGCCCCACCCUCCUCUCUCCCCACCUGGACACCUCCUUCAGCUUUUAGCUCAAAUGCCUCUUCCCCUUUGAAUCUAGCACAGAGGGGCAGACAGGGACGGUCUCCUGGGACGGUAGACAUUUAACCCACUUGAGCAAUCAGCCUGUUUUACAGCUUCCUGCCCUGCUGCCUGUUUCUUCCCAAGUCCCGUGUGGAAUGCAGUGACCUCGUCAGCUGGAACCAGCUCCUGACAGACCCCCGGCAACUUCUAGAUGAGCCCGAGUGAACUUUCCUCAUUACCAUGUUGAAGUACCUACCCCGGGAGGAGCUAUGGCUUCAUGACCGGGACAUGUGAGCUGUGUGCUGCCAUGCCAACUCUCUGCAGCUGCGCCACUGGGACCCCUCCCCUAUAUGCACUCUCUCCCCUCUCCAUCACCCCAUAAAACCCUCCUGUCACUUUCCUUCAGAGACACCACUUUGGAGAAUAUUCUCAGUGCUCUCCUUGCUUGUGACAAGUAAAAAAACUUCUAUUGAUCAAAGCCCA